CGCCCCCCCUGCCAGAUUGUAGAGGUCGUGAAACAGAGCAAGCAAGAGCAACAGCAACAGCAAGCAUAUCUUCGUUACCCUUCUACUACUUGAGGCCCGCCCGUCCAUUGUCUUACCAGAAGCCGAGAAACUUGCAACCAUGGGCAGAUCUGCUGGAGCUCCUCAGGUCCUCUCGGCGCACCAGGAAGACGAGGACCUGUUCGAGACCUCCUCCUCCUUCUCCUGCGACUCCGACGACGAGGCACAGUUCUCGGACGGCGAGGACCAGUUCGUGCCGGCCUCCCCGCCGGCGCGGCGACUGAACUCCGACGGCGUCUACGAUCUGUCGUCCAUCAAGGCCGAGCUCUCCGUCAAGAAAGGGGGGUUGUCCAAGUACUACGACGGCAAGUCCCAGUCCUUCGCGUGCAUGUCGGAGGUGAGGUGCCUGGAGGACCUGCCCAAGAAGAGACCCUACAACAAGAAGAUGAAGCCAUGCCGGAGCCACGUCGAGAUCGACGGUGACCAGAGAGCUUGCCCCGCGCCUGGUUCUAACAACAGCAGCAAGGUAGUCGCCAAGCCGACCUCCGGGAGCUCCUGCGCAAACCUGAUGAUGGCGCGGAGCGGCAGCUCCAGCAUGCUCUACAGGCCUCCCGCCAUCCCCGUCAACAAGAGCGCCUGCCAUCAGUAGGGAGGGAGGGUUCGCGGUUGAGACUCAGAGUGUCUGUCCAGGGCUGGCUUCGCGUCUCUUCUUUGUUCCUUGAGGAUGGGGAUUUUUCUUGGCGGGCCUAUUAGCCUGUCAAAUGUAAAGAGGCUUCUGCAUCCAUGUUGUUCGAGAAGGAAUUGAUUGAUCCAGUGUGUAAAUAGAGAGACCAGUUGUAUACCAAACAUUCCUUCUGAUUAACGAAGAUUAUCUGAGAUCCGAA